CUUGCACUUUUGCCCUUCCGGGUACAUUGGUUCCCUCGGCUCCCGUUAGUCUCCCGGCUUCCUUCCUUUGCCCGUCGUAACCAUGGCGGCGAUGAGUUUGUUGCAGCGGGCUUCGGUCACCGCGGUCGCAGCUCUGUGUGGUCGCCGCCUUGGCCCUCGACUCGGAUGCGGAGGCUUCCUCACUCGCGGCUUGCCAAAAGCUGUCGCUCCUGUUCGGCACAGUGGAGAUCAUGGGAAAAGACUAUUUGUCAUCAGACCUUCGAGAUUCUAUGACCAGCGUUUCCUGAAGUUAUUGAAAUUUUACAUUUUAUUGACUGGGAUUCCUGUAGCAAUUGGCAUCACCCUGGUGAAUAUAUUCAUUGGUGAAGCUGAAUUAGCAGAAAUUCCGGAAGGCUAUAUCCCGGAGCACUGGGAGUAUUACAAGCAUCCCAUAUCAAGAUGGAUUGCCCGUACUUUCUUUGAUGCUCCUGAAAAGAACUAUGAACGAACAAUGGCCAUUCUUCAGAUUGAAGCUGAAAAGGCUGAAUUAAGAUUAAAGGAGCUGGAAGUUCGAAGACUGAUGCGUGCGAGAGGAGAUGGGCCCUGGUAUCAGUACGAGACCAUUGAUAAGGAACUCAUUGACCAUUCACCAAAAGCAACACCUGACAACUGAUCAUCUUUGUCUUCAAAAUAUAUUCCUUUUAAUGGAAAAUAAAUUAAUAAAUAUAA